AAUGGAAGAAAUUGAUAAACUAGAUUACUGCCCGGUAACCCUCACGGGUACCUUCGAUCAUUCAAAGGAACUGUACUUAGGACCGAGAACUCAAAUAAAUGUAGAAAAUCAUCAGGGUGGAGGAGGAGGCAUAUUUUCUUCCACAAAAUCCGGAUAUAAUAUUAUUACACCUUUCAAACCAAAUGAUAGAGACUACUACAUUUUAAUUAAUAGAGGAUGGGUGCCUUCUGAUCGCAAAAACCCAGCUCAUCGUACAGAAGCUCAGAUUACUGGGGAAAUCACUCUCAAUGGAAUCAUAAGGCUACCUGAAAAAAGAGAACCAUUUAUGCUGAAAAACAAUCCUGAGCGGAAUCAGUGGGUGUACAGGGAUGUUGAUAAAAUGGCAGAGGUAGCUGGAACAGCUCCUAUUUUCAUUGAUGCUGCAGAAGAUUCAUGGAUACCUGGUGGGCCCAUUGGUGGUCAAACAAAUCUUUCUAUUCGCAAUGAGCAUAUGCAGUACAUAAUAACAUGGUUUUCACUGUGUGCAGUCACAUCUUACAUGUGGUAUCAUCAAUAUGUAGCUUCCACAACCCUAAGGGGAAGGCUCAGGUGAUUUUUUUUUCCUCUUAAAAGUAUCAUAAUCUUCUUUCCCAACAGAACUACUCUUGGUCAGUUUAUGCAAAUAAUUUUAAUCUCAUCUAUCUAGCCUCAAUCAUUUAAUUGUCUCAUGUCUGUUGGACCUUCAAAUGCCUAACUCACAAGUAUGGCUGUGAUUGACUUUCCCAUCUCUGAAAGUGUAUGUAGCUAGGGCAUAUAGACAAUAAAAAAACUUUUCAAAAGAUCA